AUGUACAGCCUUCCUCUCCCGGUUCAAACAAAUAAUCUGCUGCUACACAGAUUCCAUCUUAGCGAAAAUUCUCUUGCUCCGGUUGUCAUGGUUCGUACCGUCUGCAAGUCUGGCAAGUCUACAGGAGGACCUGCGAACCGUAGUGUGCUACCUGGCCCCUUCAAACUUGUUUCUGGUCUCCGUGGUGAACAGGUCAUCAAAAGUGUAUAUCAUAAGCCAUUGCCACAUGGGAUGGAAGAGGCAAUAUCGACUAGAGAAAAAGACAUUCUCAUUCCUCAAUUCUGGAACCACGUAGGCGCACGCGACUCCUUCUCGUAUAUUUUACUAAUUCUCGGCAGUGGUGUUUGUUCUGCCAUGAUGGCGGUCCACAAAUUGUGCGCGCGCUGCAUUGUCAUCCUGGAAGAGUCGCUGGACUACAUCAAAAAAGGCGAUGUCUUUUUCAGAUGCCCCAGAUGCCACGAAGUUCAUGAUAGAAAUGCUGGAAAAGGUAUCAUCACACCAUAUUUUGGCUUUGAAGAUGCUCAAGGAAAGGCCGUGCUGGCAACACCUGCCACUAUCCAUGGCCACAUUGAGUUGACCAGUCGGUCAGAGGUCAAGCAGCACGCCAAGGCAAUGGAGAAGCUCACGCAAGACAUAGGACUGCAUCAGUUUGCUCGUGUCAAAGUAUGUGUCCACUCCCACUCCGAUACAAACUGCAGCGACCUCUGGGCUGGGUUCGAGACCUCAAACAUUAAAGGCGAACAUGAGGGGCCUGUCGCCUACUCACUCGACGAUUUUUUCACCACAGUUUUCCCCAGUAGCAUAGCAGGCUAUCUCAAGGGAGCCACGCUGUGGAUGUUGCACGCAUUUGCAUUUGAUGCUGAACGCUUCCAUGCAUGCCUUGUUCCACCGUUCAUCUUCGCAUAUGUGGAACGUGUUCUUGUCGAGGGCUUCGAGGUUGAAGAGGCCAUCGAAGAUCUUCUCAAAGCGGCUCCUCGACUUGGGAUGCAUACAUCCAUAAUUCACAUCCGUGUUACAAACAUUUUCCGUCAUCACCCUCCUACUGUCUCCGAAUACAACAAAGGAGCCAUGCACAUGGACGAUAAGGCCUCCAUGAUUGUGACCACAUACAAGUUCUUUCAUGAGAAUCAGCGUCCUUGGGGAAAUCCACUGCCCUAUCAGUGUCCGCGUUGUUACUGUGUUCACUCUUGGGGCUCUACAACCCGCCCUAUGUCCAGCAAUACCCAAUUCGCUUGCAAGCAAUGCGGAUUCAUCAUCACCUAUACAAAGCUCGACCACUCAAAAAUUAUCCUGUACCACGAGGGAUAUCGGGGGACCAGCGAAGUGAGUGGUAAGCUAACGAAAAAAGGCCUCGGUACUGGUUCUGGGUGGUUGGUAGUGGUAGCAGUCGAGCCUGACGGGGUGCUAGCCCUUGCUCAAUCAGUUAGCCACUCCACCCAGGAACAUUGA